CUCGCGCGCACCUGUCAUGUCAAACCUGGGGGUAAUGGGAACGCCCAAGGCGCGGUGCCACGGGGUUCCUAUGACUAAAAGUUGGCGGAUUUUUUUCGCCUUUUCGCGAGGCCCCACGGCGUCGGCCCCUCCUUCCGGCAGUCGUCCGCCAAAUGGACCUUCCGUCUACAGGUAAGGAAGGUUAGUAGGCAAAGCAGCUUACCGCAGGGUACCACCAAGUACUAAGUACGUAUAAGCCGCCCGCCAUGCUCUCGUGGACUCGGUCCGUCUAUGUCGACGACAAACGCUCACUCUCACCCUCUCACCUUACCAACGGUCCUCGUUUGCCCACCCUGGCGCGCACGAUGCCUUGAACCUCGCCGGCCUCGUGUUACAGCAACAGACAGGACAGUCCAAAAAAAAAAAAAAACUCCUGAAAAGAGAGACAAGAGCAACAAAAUGGUCCCCCCGCAGGUCGGACACUCCGAGGUCGACGCCGGUCUCCCAGAGUCCCGUGUCCUCAUCAUCGGCACCGGAGGCACGAUAUGCAUGCAGGAUGGCCCCGACGGCCUCGCCCCACGCGGCGGUUUCCUCGAGAGCGCCAUGGCCCCGCGACCGACCUUUAACGACAUGUCUGGGCCCCGUGUCAAGCUUCAGGCCUACAGACAAGGAGAGCUCCUCAGCAUCGACUCUCUCCGCACGCCCCCGACGGCUCAUCAGCGCCACAUCCGCUAUGGCAUUCUGGAGUUUGACCCCCUCCUCGACUCCUCCUCCAUCUCCGCAUGCGACUGGGCCGCCAUGGCCUUAGCCGUCCAGGAAAACUACCACCUCUUUGACGGCUUCGUCAUCCUCCACGGCACCGACUCCCUAGCCUACACCGCGUCCGCCCUCUCCUUCAUGUUCUCCAACCUCGGCAAGCCCGUCAUCCUCACUGGCUCACAGGCUCCCAUUUUCGCCCUCCAGAGCGACGCCGUCGACAACCUCCUCGGCUCCCUCGUCAUCGCCGGCACCUAUGUCAUCCCCGAGGUCGGUCUCUUCUUCCACCACAAGCUCUACCGUGGCAACCGCACCACAAAGGUCUCCGCCGCCUCCUUCGAGGCCUUUGCCAGCCUAAACUGUGAGCCCCUCGCAAAGGUCAACGGGCUCGGCAUCAGCGUAAACUGGCCCCUCGUCCUCCGCCCUACCAGCAUCGCCGGCUUCUCUGUCAACCGCCACCUCGACACCACCCACGUCGCCUGCCUGCGCAUCUUCCCUGGCAUUAAGCCCGAGAUGGUUGACGCCGUUCUUCACCUCCCCGACCUGCGCGGUCUCAUCCUUGAGACGUUUGGCAUGGGCAACGUCCCCGGAGGCGUUGACGGCCGCUUGACCCAGGUCAUCAAGGCCGCCGUCGAGCGUGGAGUCAUCGUCGUCAACGUCAGCCAGUGUGUGAGCGGCUUCGUCUCCCCCGUGUACGCGCCCGGCACCCAGCUUGGCCGCGUCGGCGUCAUCUUCGGCCUCGACCUUACUGCAGAGGCCGCCCUUGCGAAGCUCUCCCACCUGCUCGCCCUGCCCGGCCUCUGCAACAAGGACAUUGCCAAGCGCUUCUCCUUGUCCCUGCGUGGCGAGAUGACAGAGAUCGCCCAUCCCACCUUCUCCCACCCCAUGGCGCCUCUUGAUGCCUCCGCCGUCACCAAACUUACGCCGCAAGAGUCCGCCUUCGCCGCUCUCGGCUAUGCCAUCCAAAACGAGGAGGUCGCCAUCGUCAAGCACCUGCUCGAGGGCGAGGGCAGCCAGCUUCUCAAGACGGCCGACUACGCCGGGAACACGGCCGUCCACCUCGCCGCUGUCUGCGGCAGCACCGAGAUCAUGCUCGAGCUGCUCAAGCGCGGCGCCAGCGUCCACGAGCGCAAUCGCGCCGACAACUCGCCCCUCUUCCUCGCCACCCUGUCGGGCAAAGAGGCUUGCGCGCAGCUCCUCCGCUCCGCCGGCGCGCACCUCUCUGUGGAGGAGAUUGAGCGGGGGCCCCUCGCCAAGUAUCGGCGUGAGAACCACCAAGAUGGUCACUAAACGUCGAUGGGCAUGGUGCCGAGGGAUGGCCUGGAGAAUGCUCCCUUGGCAGCCUGUGAGCGCAACUCGACCUUGAUGGGACAAGAACGGACCUUGGGAGGUGUCGCGGGUAUAGAGACACUUUGCAACAACGACAUUAGAUACAUUCCCUACGUCUUAGCAUAUCGAAAGCCCGGUGGCGGCUCAGCGUAUAUGAAUCGGACGAGUGAUAUAGCUCUUUAGUUUGACGUUUAGAAACGAAAGCAUAUAAUCUGUCGCC